ACUUGAAGCAUCCGGGAACCUCGCCAUAGUAGUAGACAUGGCGGGUAUCAGCCUAACUAAAUGAUGAAAUAAAUUUUGUUUGCUAAUAUAAGAACGUGUUAAUUUCAUAAAACAAGUGUUGAUAUUAAAAGACUAAUUUAGUUUUAUUGGAUUAGGAUAAAAAUGCAGAAUGUCGGACAGUCUGAAAAUCGAAAUAUCGAUAAGGUGAAUGUGCAACUUGAUGUGGUAAAAUCGUCCACUCCUCAGAGUUCGGCUUCGAGUCCAGCUAAAUCUGAAACCGAAACAUAUUCAGAAGCGCCUGCCAAAUACAUGACGGACUCUUCAGAAAGCGAGGAUGACUCCGUAUCCGAGAUCUUGCUGGCUUGUUUGUGCCUUAGCAGGCCAGACCUGUUGGCGGAGAUGGACGAGGAAGGUGGUGGUGCGGAAACAUCAAAGUUCCUACUUUCCCAUGAUGAGCCCGAACCAACUGUUGACGCAGAGAUGCAAGCGAGGCUUGAAACACUAUUAGAAGUAGCUGGCAUAAGCAAGCUAUCGGGCGAGGGCAAGCACCUGGCGGACCCGGAGGUGCUGCGGCGGCUCACGUCGUCCGUGUCGUGCGCGCUCGACGAGGCGGCGGCGGCGCUCACCAGGAUGCGCAGCGACCAGCCGCCCGCGCACCAUAGGCACCACCAUCAGGAGAAACCUAUGCAAUGCGGUUCGACGGCGACGGGGACGACGCAAACGGUGGGCGCGUCGGUGGGCGCGGACGGCGCGCCGUCGCUGGCGGAGGCGUGCUCCGACGGGGACGUGGGCACCGUGCGCAAGCUCCUCACGGAGGGCCGCUCGGUGCACGAGACGACGGAGGAGGGCGAGUCGCUGCUCUCGCUCGCCUGCUCCGCCGGCUACUACGAGCUGGCGCAGGUGCUGCUGGCGAUGCACGCGAGCGUCGAGGACCGGGGCAUCAAGGGCGACUGCACGCCGCUGAUGGAGGCGGCGAGCGCCGGGCACGUGGACAUCGUGCGGCUGCUGAUCGCGCACGGCGCGGACGUGAACGCGGUGUCCGGCUCCGGGAACACGCCGCUGAUGUACGCGUGCGCCGGCGGCCACGAGGAGUGCGUGCGCGCGCUGCUCGAGAACGGCGCCAACGUGGAGGACCACAACGAGAACGGGCACACGCCGCUCAUGGAGGCCGCAUCCGCCGGGCACGUGGGCGUCGCGAAGAUCCUGCUGGAGCACGGCGCCGGCAUCAACACGCACUCGAACGAGUUCAAGGAGUCGGCGCUGACGCUCGCCUGCUACAAGGGCCACCUGGACAUGGUGCGCUUCCUGCUGGCGGCGGGCGCGGACCGCGAGCACAAGACGGACGAGAUGCACACGGCGCUCAUGGAGGCCAGCAUGGACGGCCACGUCGAGGUGGCCAGGCUGCUGCUGGACUCGGGCGCGCAGGUCAACAUGCCGACGGAUAGUUUCGAAUCACCGUUAACGCUGGCAGCUUGCGGAGGUCACGUCGAGUUGGCAAUGCUGCUGCUGGAGCGCGGGGCCAACAUCGAGGAGGUCAACGACGAGGGGUACACGCCGCUCAUGGAGGCCGCCAGAGAGGGUCACGAGGAGAUGGUCGCGUUGUUGCUCGGUCAGGGUGCGGCGAUAAACGCUCAAACGGACGAGACGCAGGAGACGGCGCUGACGCUGGCCUGCUGCGGCGGCUUCCUCGAGGUGGCCGACUUCCUCAUCAAGGCGGGCGCGGAUGCUGAACUGGGCGCCUCCACGCCGCUCAUGGAGGCCAGCCAGGAGGGGCAUUUGGAGCUCGUCCGGUACCUUCUGAACGCGGGCGCGGACGUGCACGCGCAGACGCAGACGGGCGACACGGCGCUGACGUACGCGUGCGAGAACGGGCACACGGACGUGGCGGACGUGCUGCUGCGCGCCGGCGCCGCGCUCGAGCACGAGAGCGAGGGCGGCCGCACGCCGCUCAUGAAGGCGUGCCGCGCGGGACACCUGUGCACCGUGCAGUUCCUCGUCGGCAAGGGCGCCGACGUGAACCGCAUGACGGUGAACGGCGACCACACGCCGCUGUCGCUCGCGUGCGCGGGCGGGCACGCGGACGUGGUCAAGUUCCUGCUCGCGUGCGACGCGGACCCGUUCCGCAAGCUCAAGGACAACUCGAGCACGCUCAUCGAGGCGGCCAAGGGCGGCCACACGGCCGUCGUGCAGCUGCUGCUCGACUACCCGCACUCCGUCAUGCUGCCCAGGGGCGGUGUUGGAGCGGAGGACAGCAACGGUCUGAGCUCCGCGCAGGCCGCCGCACUGGGGCUGAGCCACGCGCCGGCGCCGGGCUUCAACCAGCGCGCGCUGCUGCCGGCGCACCACCACGCGCACUCGCCCUUCGCACCCGCGCCCACCGCGGCGCCCGCGCACCAGCCUGCGCUCGCGCCCGCUCCUGCGCCGGCGCCUGCGCACCAGCCGGCCCCCGCACCCGCCCCCGCAGCCGCGCACCCGCCCGCACCUGCACCUACACCCGCACCCACACCAGCACUAGCGCCCGCACCCGCGCCCGCGCCAGCGCCAACGGAUCUACCGCCUAACUUCGCCAAGGUCUACUUGGAUGGGAGGAAAAAGCAAACACCAGCGGGGAACAACGGGACGGUGUCGAGCUGCGGCACCAACGUGAACCCAGUGACCGGCGCGGCGGGCACCGUCCCACCGGGCCUGGCGCAGCCCAUGGGCGCGGGCACGCCGCCCCUCGGCACGGGCAUGGGAGCACCCGCCGGCAUGGCCGCGCCCGCAGGCAUGGCCGCGCCCGCAGGCAUGGCCGCGCCCGCCGGCAUGGCCGCGCCCGCCGGCAUGGCCGCGCCCGCCGGCAUGGCCGGCAUGGCCGCGCCCGCGGGCAAGCACAAGUGCGCGCGCAAGCAGCGCCCCGCGCCCCCGCACUCAGACCACCACCUGCCGCCGCCGCCUGAUAUCAUCGACGAUCAGAGAACCGAGGUCCUCGCGGGCCAACCACGCAACGAAUCACUGCCAGAGACUGAUAGGAGCAUGCUCGAAAUAGCUGAUGCCUCAGGUCCCCCGACGCUCGCCACGUCGGCCCUUCACGCGCUCGACCUACAAUUCCGUGCUCAAGGUGUGAAGAUACAUCCCCCGAAAACCCCGCCGUAUCCCCCUCCGACACAUAUGUUCCCAAUGCAACAAUUAGCGACCAACUUAAAUCAGCAGCAACUACAAGAACUCCAAAAGCAGCAGUUGCAACAGUUAACUACGCAACUGCAGCAAACGCAAAAGAAACAGCAACAUCAACAGCAACAGCAGCAGCAGCAGCAGCAGCAGCAGCAGCAGCAGCAGCAGCAGCAGCAACAACAACAACAGAUACAGCUGCAGCAACAACAGCAACAGCAGCAACAACAACAGUUACAGCAACAGCAAUAUGUACAAGAUAUGCAGCAGAGACCUGAAAUGUAUGCGCCACAGGCGGGCGAGGCGGGCGAGACGUGCGAAGCGGGCGAGGCGAGCGAGGGCGACAUCAGCGCGGCGGAGGCGCGCGAGAUCGGCGCCGUGCUCGCCUACCUGCAGCGGGAGGUGCCCUCGCUCAUCGCGCUGCCCUACAACGAGCUGCGCACCCUUGUGCUGCAGGUGAUGCAGCAGAAGUCGCACGAGAUCCUGUUGGGCAAGUGCGGCGGCGAGGGCGACGCGGCGGGAGGCGAGGAGCCGCUCUCCGCGGACUGGCCGCGGGACACGGACGAACCGCAGGGUGUUCAAGUGGUUAGCGGCGGAGGAGGCGGUGGCGAGGCGCGGCGGCUCGCGGAGGGUGGUUGCGAGGCGCGCGAGGCACGCGAGGCCGACGCGCCCUCUGACCACCACCACCACUUCGCGCUGCCGCCGCCCGCUAUGACGUAUGACGACUAUAGAACAUCGUCGUUCGGGCCGGCGGGAGUGGCGAGCGGCGCGGUGGCCGGCAUGACGGCGGGCAUGAGCGCGGCGAUGCCGGCCGGCAUGGGCACGGGGCUCGACGCGGAGAUGGCGGCGGACUACAUCUCGGGCAUGAUCACGGGCUUCAAGCUGAGCAUGAACGCGGCGAUGCCCGCGGCGCCCGCGCCCGCCCCCGCGCCCGCGCCGCCGCCCGCCUCCUACACGCCGCCGCUGCCGCACCCCGGCAAGCGGGACCACCACCACCAGGCCACCAACACGCCCGCGCUCAAGAAGAAGAGCCGGUUCGUGGGGCGCGGCGGGCGCGCGGAGGCGUACGGCGCGGCGCCGCCGCAGCCCGCGCCGGCCGCCUACUCCGCGAUGGACGUGGACGCGGAGACCGACUCCAACCACGACACGGCGCUCACGCUCGCCUGCGCCGGCGGCCACGAGGAGCUCGUCGAGCUGCUGCUCUCGCGCGGCGCCGACAUCGAGCACCGCGACAAGAAGGGCUUCACGCCGCUGAUCCUGGCCGCGACCGCCGGCCACGAGAAGAUCGUCGAGAUCCUGCUGAACCACGGCGCCGACAUCGAGGCGCAGUCGGAGCGCACGAAGGACACGCCGCUGUCGCUGGCGUGCAGCGGCGGCCGCUACGAGGUCGUCGAGCUGAUCCUCAGCCGCGGCGCCAACAAGGAGCACAGGAACGUGUCCGACUACACGCCGCUCUCGCUCGCCGCCUCGGGCGGAUACGUCAACAUUAUACGGCUGCUGCUGCAUCACCAGGCGGAGAUAAACUCCCGCACGGGCUCGAAGCUGGGCAUCUCGCCGCUGAUGCUGGCGGCGAUGAACGGGCACACGGCGGCCGUGCGGCUGCUGCUCGACUGCGGCUCCGACAUCAACGCGCAGAUCGAGACCAACCGCAACACCGCGCUCACGCUCGCCUGCUUCCAAGGUCGGCACGAGGUGGUGAGCCUGUUGCUGGACCGCAAGGCGAACGUGGAGCACCGCGCGAAGACCGGGCUGACGCCGCUGAUGGAGGCGGCGAGCGGCGGCUACGUGGAGGUGGGCCGCGUGCUGCUGGACAAGGGCGCCGACGUGAACGCGCCGCCCGUGCCCUCCUCGCGCGACACCGCGCUCACCAUCGCCGCCGACAAGGGGCACACCAAGUUCGUCGAGCUGCUCCUGCAGAGACGAGCGGCAGUAGAAGUGAAAAACAAAAAAGGCAACUCCCCAUUAUGGCUAGCCGCAAACGGCGGCCAUCUUGCCGUCGUCGAGAUGCUUUAUGCAGCGGGCGCCGACAUCGACUCACAAGACAAUAGAAAGGUAUCUUGCCUGAUGGCAGCCUUCCGCAAGGGUCACACGAAAGUGGUCAAGUGGAUGGUUGGUGUCGUCACGCAGUUCCCUUCGGACCAGGAGAUGACUAGGUACAUCUGCACGAUAUCGGACAAGGAGCUGCUGGAGAAGUGCCAGGAGUGCGUGCGCGUGAUCCGCGCGGCGAAGGAGACGCAGGCGGCGCGCGCCAACCAGAACGCGACCAUCCUGCUGGAGGAGCUCGACGCGGAGCGCUGCCGCGAGGAGAGCCGCCGCCAGGCCGCCGCGCGCCGCCGCGAGCGGAAGAAGAAGAAGAAGCUCGAGAAGAAGGAGGAGAGGCGCAAGCUGCAAGCGGAGAACGUGAAGAACACUCUGUACUGCGAGAAGGCGUCCGGCGAGUGCUCGGAGGGCGGCGAGCCGGACGACGAGCCCGCCGCCAAGGAGGAGGGCGACUCCGGCAUCGAUGCCAACUCGCAGGGUUCAUGUUCGUCAUCGGAUGUGAAAGCUCCACCCGCUUCAAGCAAAAGUAAGAAAAAGAAAAAAGAAGAGAAGACGCCUACUCCUGCACCGUCGAAAAAACAACCCGAUAAGACAAAAGCGAAAAUAGAGACUAAAGAGAAGGAGAAUGCAAGCAAAACGGAGAAGAAGCAAGAGAAAGAGAACGUCGCGCCCAGCUCCCCUCCCGCCACAUCGCCUAAACAUACGGAGAGACGGAAUGAGAAAAAAGAGAAAAAACAAGAGGAAGAUGCUAAAAGCAUCGCCGUACAGAAUGUUAACAAAUACGGGAACGGCUCUAGAAAGAGCCAAGUGUUUGAAUCGUCUAGGCUUAACGUGGAAAGAGACGACGUUGACACGAUCGAGAAAAAUAAAAAAAUACACAGCCACCAAUGGGAGACAGAAGCCAAAAGCACGUCACCGAAGAGCGCCAGCACAACGGCGAGCGUGGCGCGGCGAGAGGAGGGCUGGAAGGAGGUCGUGAGGAAGUCCUCGGUACAGCCGCCCUCUGCCCUCGAGCCUGGUUGCAAGAAGGUGUGCGUCGCGUCGCACGCGAUCUCGCGCGUGAUCGGGCGCGCCGGCUCCAACAUCAACGCGAUCCGCGCCGCCACCGGCGCGCACAUCGAGGUCGACAAGCAGACCAAGGGCCAGGGCGAGAGGAUCAUCACCAUCAAGGGCUCGACGGAGGCGACAAAGCAGGCAGCGAGCCUGAUCGCGGCGAUGAUCCGCGACCCGGAGGCGGACAUCGCGCAGCUGCUGCCGCGCGCCAAGCUGCCGGCGCCGCCGCCGCAGCCGCCGCAGCCCAAGCCGCCCAAGCAGCCGCCGCCCAAGCAAACGGGACACACACCAAGCGUAUCCACCAGCCAGCGAACACCGGGCGCGAGCACUAGUGUGGCGGCAGUGGCGAGCCGCACGCCGGCCAAGCCGCACGCCGCCGCGCGCCCACCCGCCAGACAGCAUACUCACCCGCUGGGCAGCAGCCCCGCGGAGAAGCGCACGCCGAGCGCGCCGGGCGCCAUCGGCGGCGCGGCGGCCACCAGCGCGGCGGCGGCGGGCGGCGCCAAGCCGGCCGCGCUCUCCUACACGGGCGCCAUCGUCGGCGCGCGCAGCCACACGUUCGCCGCCAAGCUCACCGCCACGCCGCCCGUCGACACCAAGCCGCGCCCGCCCACGCAGGUGUGCGCCAGCCCAUCGAGCGCGACGAGCAACCCAGCGGUGCUGUCGUCCCCGCUGCGCGCGCGCGAAUCCCCGCCCGCGCCGCCGGCGGUCGCGCCCGCGGCGCCUGCGCACGCGCACGCGCCGGCCGGGCACGCCGCGCACGCCGCCCCGCCGCAGCCAGCGGCGCCGGCGCAGCGCGUUGAGGAGGAGCGCGUGCCGAGGAUGCACGAUCACUUGCAGCUAAGCCCGGACAAUUCAAGUACAUGGAGCAAUGAAGACAACCCAGUGAACACAUCUACUUCAGCUCUGCAUAUUAAUACCACACCACAAUCGUCAGGCAGCGCGAGCGGCGGCAGCGCAGGCGCAGCGGGCGCGGGCGGGGGCGCAGGCGCGGGCGGCGCGGGGGGCGGCGGCGCGCAGGAGUACUCGCUGUUCAAGGACCUGUCGGCCGGCGCCGGCGCCGCCGUGUGGGCCAGCGAGCCGCACAACGUCGACCCGCCGCCGCCGCAGGUGGACGCGAGCAAGGCGCCCGGGUACCGCGGCGGCGGCGGCGGCUGCUCGCCGUGCUCGCGCACGUCGUCGCACGGCUCCACCCCGCCGCCCGCGCCGCUGCUGCACCACCAGCACCAGCCAUACCACCAGCAGCCGAGCGCCAACAUGGGUAACAAUAUGAACUCAAUGGAUAUGAGUGGACUAUCCCGGAACGGACCUAUCUAUCAAGAUAACUCACGAAAUGGACACAACAUCAUGGUAUCGAUGUCGAGCGGCGUGGGUGUGUCGGGCGUGGGGCUGGGCUACGUGGGCGUGGGUGGCGUGGGCGUGGAGGGCGUGUCGCGGCUCAACCCGCGCGCGCCCGACUUCGCGCAGCGCCACCCGCUGCUGCAGCAUCAGCACAAGCACUCGGCACAGCAGCAACUGUUCGCGGGCGGCAAUGCUGGCGGCAACCUGAGCUCGCUGCUGAUGUCGUACCAGCAGAGCGCGCCGCACCAGCAGCACCAGCCGCACACGCCGCACCAGCAGCACGCGCCGCACCAGCAGCACCAGCAGCCGCACCACCCAUACCAGUCGCUCCUGGAGCGCGGCGUGGGCGUGGGUGUCGGCGUGGGCGGCGUGUCGUGGGGCGAGGAGGAAGAGCGCAAGCCGCGGCCGAUCGGCACCGAGCGCGCGUGGAAGCUGACCGCCGGCGACGACUGGCACCACGCGCACCACCGCACCGACCACGACAGAUACCAGCAACAAGGCGUCAGCGGCAUGAGCGGCGUGAACGUGAACGUGAGCAGCGGCGUCGGCGUCGGCGUCGGCGAGGCGUACGGCGGCGGCGGCGCGGCGACCGCGGCCGCGCUGUCGCUGAUGCACGCGCUGCCGCUGCACUACCUGCCGCCCGAGCGCGCGCACUGGGACCAGCCGCCGCACAACACCAAACGUGGAGCAAAUGGAGCCACUAGAGGCGGCCUCGACCUGGACACGGUGUAG